CCGAAGUCGCUCCUCUCACGGUGGUCCUGGCAGGAAAUAGGCACCAGAGCAGCCAAGGUAAUGAGCAGGAAUAAGAGAAGGUUGAGAUCCGGUGAGAUGGAGCAUGGAUAUCUUUCCGCGUACGACGCAUGCAGGUACUGUAAGCUCCUGAAGGACACGCGGCAAAAAGAGAAAGAAUCAAUGAAGCGAGAUAGGGCACGGAAACAGGAAAAGCAUGACGCUCGCGCGCGAGCUGAAAGCUGUAGGGCGAAGAAGCCAAGGUUCCAAGUCGUCUUGAAGAAGCCAAGCGGAAUCAGCGAGCGCCAGUCCGUUCACGCCGGCUUCAAGGGCCUACUGUCCUGCUUCUGAGCCCGACAGCAUCGCCAGGAAUCAUAGAGACUCGACUUCAAGCCACAACAGACGUUCGGGGACCAAAGGAAGACUUCGAGGGCGUAGUCAGAGCAGGAUUCCAGCCUUUCUCAGACCUGCAGAGCUCCGCGAUAAGUUGCGCAUGAAGAUGAAGGCUUUUCUGAAACGUUGUACGUUGCAGCAGUGGUCGGCCGAGAUGUCAUAGGGGAAUGCGCACCGAAGCAUAGACAUACGUCCCAGUCUAAUGUCGGACCCAUGAUUGGCAGCGUUGUACUUGCAUUUGUUGAGGUAACUAUAGCACAUCGUGACCGCGCCUCAGCCUUGGCCUUGGCCUCAGCCUUGCCAAUGUGUGUAACUAGUCAGUCAGUAACAAAAGACGCUGCAGGCUGUG